UAGGCUUUACAUGUGUAAUGCUACACACAAACACACACACACACCAGGGUUUUUUGCCCCAUAUAUAUGUGAACCAGGGAGUAGUCCUGAAGUGCUUUCAAACCCCAGAUUCCAGUUUCUGCCUCUGCAGACGAUUGACAAGUCUUUCUAACUGCAAAUAAGAAACUGAAGUGACCAGUACCUGCCAUGGCAGAUCAAGAGGCUCACGAUAACCCUACCCCUGCUGCCACACCGGUCGUACGCCCUAAGAGGGUGUCCCACCGUGGACGCAGUGCGGGACCCAAAGCCACCUCAAAUAAAGAAGAGGGGAACGUAGAGGAAUUCGAGCCCUUCAUGUUACUUCCCAGAGGACCCCCUCCUCUCAAAGACUUUCUUGAUAUCUGGGAUGUUGAUAUGCUUAAACAUCCUCAAGAGAUAAACAAACAGGGACAUCACACCCACUUGUAUGGCAGUGACUUCCUCAUUGUACGUCGAGCUCAGGAGUUUCAUAUAAAGAUCACGUUUGAUCGGCCCUACAAACCAGCCGAAGACAAGUUUGCUGUUGAGUUUGUCAUCGGGCCCAGCCCUCAGUACAGCAAGGGUACCUAUAUUCCGGUAUUCCCCACUGCUGAAAAAAAGAGUGUUUGGCAAGGUCGGAUUAUAGAGAGCAAUGACAACAUCGUCACCAUGGGCAUCACACCCUCACCAGAGUGCAUUGUGGGAAAGUACAUGAUAUUCAUCGGAGUGGUGACCCCCUAUGGUAUCCGCAGAACCAGGAGAGACACCAGCACAGAUGUCUAUAUUCUGUUUAACCCAUGGUCACCAGCUGAUCCCGUGUUCUUGGAUGAUGAGGAGGAGAGGGAGGAGUGUGUUAUAAAUGAGCUGGGGAUCAUCUACCAUGGAGCAUAUGAUGAUAUAUCCGAACGUGCUUGGAACUUCGGACAGUUUGAAUUUGGUGUACUGGAUGCCUGUUUGUUCAUUAUGGAUAAAGCAGAAAUGCCGCUGUCUAACCGUGGAGAUGUAAUCAAAGUUACCCGCGUAGCAUCUGCCAUGAUAAACUCUCGCGAUGAUGAUGGUGUGUUGGUGGGAAACUGGAGUGGAGAUUACAUGUAUGGGGUUCCACCAACCUCAUGGACUGGUAGUGUAGAGAUCCUCCUGGAUUAUGCCAAUAGCAGGGGCACACCUGUCUGCUACGCUCAGUGCUGGGUCUAUGCUGCUGUCUUUAACACCUUCUUGCGUUGUCUUGGGAUCCCCAGCAGGGUAGUGACAAACUUUUUCUCUGCCCAUGACAAUGAUGGCAACUUGAAAAUGGAUAUCAUUCUAGAUGAAAAUGGAAAAGUGGACAGAGAACGCACCAAAGAUUCCAUCUGGAAUUAUCAUUGCUGGAAUGAGUGUUACAUGAGCAGGGCUGACCUGCCUCCCGGCUUUGGAGGAUGGCAAGCUGUAGAUGCUACGCCACAGGAGACAAGUGAUGGUAUGUACAGGUGUGGACCUGCAUCCGUUGCUGCUGUUAAACACGGACAGAUCUGCUACCCGUUUGAUGCCUCUUUUGUAUUUGCUGAGGUCAACAGUGAUGUGGUCUUCUAUCGUAGACAGAAAGAUGGCACUCUGGUGCCAGUGAGGGUAAAUCCCAACCAUGUAGGUCGCAUGGUGUUGACUAAAGCCGUGCUGCAUGAUGGACGCAGAGACAUCACUAAUCAGUACAAAUUCCCUGAAGGAAGCCCAGAGGAGCGCCAGGUGCUGGAGAAGGCUGAGUUAUUUGGAUGUCAAAGGGAGAAAGCCUCUAUUCCCCAGGCUGACGUGGAUGUGGAGAUCCCUAGUCUGGAAGUUCGGGUGGGGGACGGAUUCGACCUCAUUUUGCAGUUUACCAAUCGCAGCAAUCAGCGUCGCACUGCAGAUGUGUAUGUCAGCGGGACUGUUGUGUAUUACACUGGAGUCCCAAGUGCCGAGGUUGUGUUUACAACUCUCAAAGUCAAAUUAGAGCCACUGCAGAGCAAGGAAGAGAAGGUGGCAGUACGUAGUGAGGACUACAUGCAAAAACUGGUGGAUCAGGGAAACAUACACAUUAUCACCACUGGGAAGGUGAAAGAGACCGGACAGAUCAUCACCUCAAUGAAGUUAAUCAACAUGCACAAGCCCAAACUUAUUGUGAAGGUGACAGGUUCUCCAAGAGUGAAUGAGGAGAUGUAUGUGACUGUUGAGUUCACAAACCCAUUUAAGUUCAAUUUGGAGAAAGUAGAUGUGCGUAUGGAAGGUCCUGGAAUUCUGCCAUUCAAACACAAACAUUACAGUCUGAUUCCUCCAGGUACCUCUAUAACCUGGACAGAGACGUUCAGCCCCCGGCGGGCUGGCUCUACUAAACUGAUGGCCAGUCUGGACUGUGCUGCUCAAAGACAUGUGUACGGAGAAGCAGAGUUGACUAUUCAAAACUGAAUAUUACUGAAAGUGAUAUAAGGAGAGAGGGAAAUAUGAUAAGAAAGUUAAGAAACUUUGUUUUAUUUGACUAAAAAUAUACCAUAUAGACACAUCUUAUACUCUAGAAAGUUAGAAACUUACAAAGUUGGCAUUAUUUAUCUAGUGAUAAUAUCUACCAGUGAUGGUAAAAUGCAAACAAUCUUUAUUCAAACUCAAUUAGACAAUGUUAUAUAACAGCUGUUUACUUUUUUUAAAUAAAAGGAAAACUGUAGCGUAAGUGUAAUAUGCCUUAUCCAUGUAUUAAAUACAAUUCUGCUUCUCACCAGUAUUUACAUUUUCAAAUAAUACAUUUUUUGUUUGUACUGUUGUUUGAGGUCUUCACUGAUCUAAAACAGGUUCUAAAGCAAUGUUUCAAAGCUUUGGGUUUACUAAGUUUAGUCAGGUGAAAAUAUAUUUUCCAUGUAUUUUCAAUUUAUUCCAUAUCUGUUUUUAAAUAAACAUAUACAAUACUUA